UCAUAGUGCACAAUUUAAAAGCGCCGUGUAAUUGUCAAAAAUUUUCGCAAAAUUUUGUUUUGUUGUGAAAAAAUUUAAUUUUCCGUCUGAAUUUUCCGUGAUUCGCCCAAAUGGAGGUAGAGAGAAACUUGAAGGCAAUCGAGGAUGAUGGGGCUGCUGUGGAUUAUGCAAUAAUCAAUGAAGAAGAAGUGCGAAAGUCCAAUCGAUAUGGUUUGCAGGCAUUGAUGGAAGGAUUUGGCCAGGAAUCUCUUGUUACAACAUUUCUGAACCAUGACAUAAAUCUGAGAAAUCUCUCCCUCCUCACAGAUGAAGAUUUGGAAAUUCUCGGAGUGACUGACAAGGAGAUUCGUGCUGAGAUGCUAAAAGACUUUGCAAAUCAGCCAAAUCAAGUACCUGGAUAUGAUGAACUGUUGGAAGAAAUUGAUCGUGAUUCCCACAACACGAUGACAAUGAAGAACAUGAUAGCCCACCUGCAUACGAUCCAUGCAUCCAUGGAGGCAUCACACUGGAAGCUUUAUGUGGAAAAUCCCUGUGACAUUCCCAUUGGAGAUCAUGCAUUUGCCUCAUCCUACGUCAUCAGGACACUCAAUCAAAUUACCAAAAUUGCCACUGACCUUGAUACAGAUCUCAGGAGGAUGCAGGAGGAUCACGAAAGAAAGAUUGCGCCAAAGAGAAAAUCCGCAAAGCAUUUGAGGACUCUCGGUGGUGUAGUUGGGAUCCUCCUUGGGGGCUAUUUAGUGUACAAAUUGUCUACAAAGACGAAUUUGGCAAAAUUAACAGAGUACCUUCAGCCAUUCCUGGAUAAUCAACCCACCACUGCACCUGGUGAGGGAUGGUGAGUUGUAGUAGAGAAAAAAAAAGAAAAGCCAAAAACAAUGAACUGAAUGCCUUUAGAGUGAACUUCUUGGAAGGAAGAGAAAAUUGGCACGAUGCUGUGUAAUUGAUGAGCUGAUAUAUUUUCUAAUAUUUAAAUUUAUUUUCAAUACAUUUUUGCUCUCUCAUUGAUAA